AUGUGUCUACAAAAACUUAUUUAUUCACAGUGUCCAGCUCUUCUAGCCAUUUUUCUUUCAUUUCUUUUCAUUUUCUCCUUUUGUUUUCCUUUUUUUCCCAUUUUUCAAAAUGCAUCUUCAGCUUCUGUCAUUCAAAUCUUGCAUAUCCUUACAUACAUACCAUUACUAUUACCGUUUCCCCAAACCUCCUGCCAAACUAACAAGCCCAAUUUUUACUGUUUGCACACAGCAGCAGAUGUACUUAACCUCUACACACUGGGCACAAAUGCACACAAGCCGUAUUCUUACAUUUGUGACAACUCUCAGAUUCAUUUGCUUUUAAUUGCAAACACAUUUCAAUUAGACGCAUUUCUUUGCUCGUUCUUUAUUUUCUCUUUUUCCUCCCCUCUCACCUUUUCUAUCUUCCAUUUUAAUUUCCUUCUUUUUUUUUUAUCUUUUUUAUCUUUUUCCUCAAAUUAUCUCCCUUUUCUUUGCCUUCUUUUCACCUUUCUCUCUUUUUUAUUAUCUUCUUUUAUUCUGAUUUUUAUUGCGCACCUUGGAAUUUUAUCUUUUAAUCUUUUCCUUUUCAUCUUUCUUUUUCAUGUUCUGUUCUUUUCCAUCUUAUUUUUUUCCAUUUAUCUUUUUCCUUUUCAUCCAUUCUUUUUCAUCAUAUUUUCCUUUUCAUCUUCCUUUUCAUUGUUUCAUUUCCUUUUAAUCUUUUCAUUUCCUUCAUUUUUUCUUUUCAUCUUUUCCUUUUCAUUCUUUUCAUCUUCUUUUCCUUUUCAUUACUUUUCACCUUCUUUUCCUUUUCAUUGUUGCUUUUCCUUUUCAUCUUUUCUUUUUCAUCUUCUUUCCUUUUUCCUCUUUUUUCCAUUCAUCUUUUUUCCUUUUCAUUUUAAUCUUCUUUUUCAUAAUUUAUUUUCUUUUCCAUCUUUUCUUUUUUCUAUUUCUUUUGUUUUACACCUGUUUUCUUUUUUCUUCCUCUUUUUUGUUUAUACUCUGUUUCCACCUUCUCUUUCUUGUCUGUCUCUUUACAUCUUCUUUUUCCUUUCUCUUUUUUACCUUCCCUUUCUUUCUCCUCUUUUCCACUAUUUUCUUUCUGUACAUUACCACCUUGUUUCCUUCCUCCCCUUUUCUGUCUUCUAUUUUCUUUCUCCCUGUUUCCACCUUGUCUUUCCUUUCUCCCUCUUUCAAACUUCUCUUUCCUUUCUCCCCUUUUCUAUCUUCCUGUCUUCUCUCAUUCUUUCUACCAUUUCAUUCUUUCUCCCUGAUUCCACCUACUCUUUCCUUUCUCCAAUUUUCCAUUUUCUCUUUCUUUUCUCCUUUUUUCUAUUUCUCUUUUCUUUAUCUCCACUUUCUCUUUCCUUUUUCCUCUUUUCUAUUUUUUCUUUCCUUUCUCCCAUUUUCUACCUUUUCUCCCAUGUCCCUCUUCUCUUUCUCUCCUUUUCUACCUUCUUGUUCCUUUCUCCCCUUUUCUGUCUUAUCUUUCCUUUCUCCUCUUUUCUGUCUUAUCUUUCCUUUCUCCCCUUUUCCACCUUUUUUUUCCUUUGUCUCCUUUUCCACCUUAUCUUUCUUUUCUCCCACAUCCCAUCUUCUCUUUCUCCCCUUUUCUGUCUUCUCUUACCUUUCUCUCCUUUUCCACCUUCUCUUACCUUUCUCCCCUUUUCUGUCUUAUCUUUCCUUUCUCCCCCUUUCUUUCUUUUCUCCCACAUCCCAUCUUCUCUUUCUCCCCUUUUCCACCUUCUCUUUCUUUUUUCCCCUUUUCCACCUUCUCUCUCUUUUCUCCCACGUCCCAUCUUCUCUUUCUCCCCUUCUCCACCUUCUCUUUCUUUUUUCCCCUUUUCCACCUUUUUUUCUUUUUCCCCACGUCCCUCUUCUCUUUCUCCCUUUUCCACCGUCUCUUACCUUUCUCCCCUUUUCUGUCUUAUCUUUCCUUUCUCCCCCUUUCUUUCUUUUCUCCCACAUUCCAUCUUCUCUUUCUUCCCUUUUCCACCUUCUCUUUCCUUUCUCCCCUUUUCCACCUUUUCUUUAGUUUCUACCUCUUUUCUCUCUUUCCUUUUCCUUUUCUGUUUUUUCUAUACUGUUAUCUUUCAUUUUCUUUCUCUCUACUCCCACAUAUUUUUCUUUAUUUACCAACAUUAA